AUGCUGCAGCAAGGGAGCAUGAGUGGCUGGGCCCUCGCCGUGCUGCUCGUUCUCACACUCCUCCUGCUGUGCAGCGCCUGCUGUGGAAGACGAGUCGCCAAAUGCUUUGUCGAUCCCCGACGAGGCUUGCACAAGUAUAUCCUGCUCUCGUUCAUCUGCCUUUUCAUUCCUGGUCCAUACUUCCACGAUGGCCUUGUGCAGAGCUUCAAGGGUCCAAUCUCUGAUACAAUGGAUCUGAGCAACUCCCAGUUUGCUUCGCUCUUCGUCGUUAGCUCGCUGACAGGGGUGCUUUGUUCUCCGGGCAGCUUGUUGAUUUCUCGCGUGGGGCGCACGAGCAGUGCCAUAGCGGCGAGCUUUUUGGCUGCGAUAGGCUCCAGUGUCACCACCAUGGGAUACCUGUGGAAAAGUUUGGUGCUGAUGCUCUUGGGAAGGCUCCUGUUCUGGUUAGGCCUGAAUGUUCUGCUCAUGGUGCAAACCAUUUUGACAUACGAUCUCUUCAAAGGAAGAAGCUUGAAUUGUGCCAUGACCACCAUCGUGCUCUCAAUCCGUUUGGGAGGCAGCAUGUCCUAUCCGAUGUCUGGGCCACUUCUCCACAGCCUUGGUGUGUUAGAUUCGUUGUGGUUCUCAGUGAUGCUGGUUGUGGCGGCAUUCCUUUCGACUCUGUUGUUUGGUUAUUUGUUUCAGUGGACGGCCACUGCUCGGGCUGUUCGUCCGAUGCUGGAGCGGCGACAGCCACCAUCUCGCAUAGAGCUGGCUUUGAUUCGAAAGGUCCCCAAGCUCGUCUUUGUAUUCUUGUCUGGUAUUGCAGCUAUUUGGGGUGUCGUCUUUCCGUUUGAAGUGAUUGGCGACGACAUGCUCCAAAAGGAAUUCGGAUACUCGGCCGACAACGCCGGCUUCAUCAUUGCCUUGGCUCCUAUGAUUUCAAUCUGCAGCCCUGCUUUCGCACCCUUGCUCGGAUCCAGUUUGUCACACAAGCUGGUGGCUUUUGGAACCGGCAUGCUGCUCCUUGUGAUUGCAUUCUUGGUGAUCGCUGUGCUGAGAUGGAUCGUUCUCGGCAUUCUGCUUGUGGGACUUGGAUACGCAGUAUCUGUAUGUGCUUCAUACAGUACUCUCCCUCUGAUCAUUGCUGCCGUCGCCCCUGCUGAUCUUCAGAAGAAGAUGGAAAGCUUGGCAGUGGGCAUGAAUCAAGCGGGUUCUGGGACGAGCAUGAUUGUCUCGAACCUCACGAUAGGCAUUAUCAAGGACCUAGCUUCUUACAGAUGGGCCUGUGUCUAUCUCGCAGUGGUGGCCUGUUGUGGACUUGCAAGUGUUUGCUUCGUGUUCAAAACCUGUCCACGAGAACUUUGCGAUCCCUCCGUCGAGACUCCAAUGGAGGAUGUAUCGACCGUGGCUGGGAUGGAUGCUCCGGCAAGCCUGCAGACGAGCCAAUCGGGGAGUGCUCUCGAAAUUCAGGAUGAGUACUACCGGACAGAUGCGUGA